AGCGAAAGCGAAAUUUCCCGAGGUCGCGAUCCCGGGCUGGGAGGGAGGGCGCCUUACAUAACAGGCGCCAACAACACCCUUGCCGGCUUCACGUGACGCGCUAAGGUGGGGCGGCCAAGGGUGCCUCGGAGACCGAGCCUGGGAGAAAGGCAACAACUGCCCUCGGACCAGCACGGAAGGCGGCGGCCGCGCCGGGAACUAGUGCCAUGGGGCUCCUCUCCUUCCUUCCCAGCUUCUCCCUCCAAACUUGGGUCCUCAUCCUGGUCUUCUUGGCCCUUUUUGUGCUCUAUGGGAUCUGGCCGUACAGUUUCUUUAAAAAGCUGGGAAUUCCUGGCCCAAGGCCUUUGCCUUUUAUUGGGACCUUUCUCGAAUACCGGAAAGGAAUUCUGAAUUUUGACCAGAGGUGUUAUCAGAAGUAUGGCAAAAUCUGGGGGAUUUUUGAUGGCCGACAGCCAGUGAUGGCUAUUCUAGAUCCUACCAUCAUCAAAACCAUCUUGGUAAAAGAAUUCUACACCCAUUUUACUAACCGCCGGGACUUUGGUUUGAAUGGCGAGCUGGACACAGCAAUAACAAUCGCCCCCGACGAGCAGUGGAAGCGGAUUCGCACGGUUCUGUCUCCCACCUUCACCAGCGGGAGACUGAAGGAGAUGUUGCCCAUCAUCAAUCGUUAUGGAGAAAUGCUGGUGAAGAAUGUCCAGAAGAAAGUGGACAGUGAUGAACCCAUAGACAUGAAAGAAAUCUUUGGGGCCUACAGCAUGGACGUGGUAACCAGCACCUCAUUUAGUAUUGACAUAGACUCCAUGAACAACCCCAACGAUCCUUUUGUCACACACAUCAAGACGUUUCUCAAGUUCAGCUUCUUCAAUCCUCUGAUGAUCCUGAUUGUCGUCUUUCCAUUUCUCGCGCCUCUGCUGAAUAAAUUAAACAUCUCCCUGGGGUCUACCUCCUUCCUAAAAUUCUUCACCGCUGCUGUCAAAAACAUCAAGAAGGACCGUCAAAAGAACAAUCACAUGAACAGGGUUGACUUUCUGCAGCUUAUGGUGGACUCCCAGAUUUCAGGUGACAUCUCUGAUGAAGCAAGUACAUAUAAAGUUCUGACUGACAGGGAGAUCACAGCACAGGCCAUUCUCUUCAUUUUUGCUGGUUAUGAGACCACCAGCAGUUCUCUCAACUUCCUCUCUUACUGCCUGGCCACGCACCCAGAUGUUCAGCAGAAGUUGCAAGAGGAGAUCGAUGAGGCUCUUCCCAGUCAGGCCACACCCACCUACGAAGCUGUCGUUCAGUUGGAGUAUCUUGACAUGGUGGUGAACGAAACCCUCAGGCUCUACCCUCCUGGGGGGCGGAUUGAAAGGGUUUGCAAAAACACCAUAGAGAUUAAUGGAGUGACAAUCCCAAAAGGAACCGUGACCAUGAUCCCCGCCUUUGUCUUGCACCGUGACCCGGAAUAUUGGCCAGAACCAGAAGAGUACAGACCCGAGAGGUUCAGCAAGGAGAGCAGGGAAGCCAUCGACCCGUACGUCUUCCUGCCCUUCGGAGCAGGUCCCAGGAACUGCAUUGGGAUGCGCUUUGCCCUCCUGAUCUUGAAAGUGGCCGUCGUGGUCUUGCUGCAGAAAUUUUCCUUCCGACCCUGCAAAGAGACUCAAAUCCCUCUGGAAUUGGACACCAAGGGCUUCAUACAACCGAAAAAACCCAUCAAGCUGAAGUUGGUCCCCAGAGCCGUUGAUAAUCCCGAGGAAUAGAGGAACCGGACACAGCAGCGAGGAAGCAGCAGCUGCCACCUCCCUCUUUCCACACCUUUUUGCCUUCAUGUCGCUAAGGACUAGUGACUUGUUUUGACAGAACUACAUGAAGGAAGUUUUAGCUUUGAUCCCAGAGUUUUAUUGACUUGAUAACUCUUAAUUUACUUAAUUUAAGCUUACAUGGUAAGCAGAGGUAAAUAAUUAAGGCAUAUCAAUAUUUUAUUAUCUUGUAAUUAAAUUUUGGGUUUUUUUAAAUGCUGCUUCUUGGACAAAGAGCCCUAAAGCAAUGUACAAUAAAAUUAAAACAUACAAUGAAAACCACAUAAUUUAAUAUUGGAGCAAAAAAAACAUACUGCAUGUCCUGACAUACUUUAUACUGCAGUAGUCUUCAACCUUUUCAGACCUGGGACCCACCUUUUAACUCAAACCCAUUUCUUAUUUCUCCUCAUAUAUUUGUAUGGUGGUAGUGCUGCAAUUGUGUCCCACUUUACAUCAGGCUGUGACCCAGUAGUGGGUCUCAACCCACCAGCUGAAGCCACGCUAUAGCUUCCUGUAUAGCUUUUCUCCAUAGCGCCGCAGUUUACAAUAUUUUGAUAAGGUGUCUAACUGGGGCUAUUUGUGGUUCUCACACACCUCCCAAAUUUGCACAUGAAAGCCAGAAAUACUCCUUAUCUUAUGCUUUGAUUUGGAUUCCUGCAUUGUGCAGGGGGUUGGACUUGAUGGCCUUAUAGGCCCCUUCCAACUCUACGAUUCUAUGAUGCUAUGAUCUUUCGCAGCUCUGCCCCACCAAAUAUGAACACUAAUUCCACCCUCCAUUAUUUGGAAUAUUCCGUACUUGGCUGUCAAAUAUUGCCAAGAUCUUUUGCAGAGGUCUUGUUCUGGGUGCUCACGCCUUCGGAGGUGAGGCGAGAGGCAGCUGGAUAGUUGACUGUCAGUAACAGGGACUUCUAGAUGUUGGCAUCCAAUGCACAGAACUCCCUCUCCAAAUCUAUUCAUGGGGUCCCAACACCACUGGCAUUUCAGUGUCAACCCCCCCCCGACAUUUGCAACAUCUGGUUGAUUUUAUUUUGUGUAUCUUUCCUGAUUGGCAGUUUUCCUAUUUGGCAGUUUAUUUUGAAUGUGGGUUUUUGUAACACAUUUUAGUAUCUAUUGUUCUACUGUUUUCUAUGCCACCUGGAGCCCAUGCUUUCAAAAUGUAAAAUAAUAAAUAAAUAAAUAAAUGGUU